AUGGUUCAUCAGACAGCUCGUGACUACCUUCUCAAAACUCCAGACCUCGAAUUUUCCAUCACUGCGCUUGAAGCUCAUAGGCAGCUGUUUACUAGGUCGCUCGUGUACCUUCUAGAUCCGCACUUGAAAGCGAACGUAGGACAGACUGCAGCGCUAACGGCCUCAUCAUUUCUACAAUAUGCAACAACAUGCUGGCCCUACCACCUCGACUUGAGCCGCUUGAGCCGACCAUCCUCCACGUCUCUUUUACCGCUCUUAGCCAAGUUCUUUCGCGGUUCUUACGUCCUCACAUGGAUCCACGCCCUCGCAUAUUUCGACCAAUUGAAGAUCUUAGUCCAAGCAUCAGAGUAUUUGCACGCGUUCGCCAGCAAGAAACGUAAGAUGCAUGCAGACGAUGUCCCCCACAAGGAGUGCAUCGAGGAUUUAGAGCUUCUUGACUCCUGGGCUGCAGACCUUCUCAAAGUCUUGGCGAAGUUUGGUCGAAAUCUAAGCCAGGAAUCGAGUGCUAUCUACAAGCUUAUACCACCAUUCUGCCCAAAGGAAUCCGUAAUUUAUCGACGACACGGGAAGAAGGAUCACUCCUCUUCUCCGACAGUGACAGGCUUGACUGAUCCAUCUUGGGAUGAUUGUUUGGCCAAGAUUUCCCUUGGGGUAUUACUCCAAGCUUUGCAGAUAGAGUGUGUCACUCAUUACAUUUGCAUCCUGACCACGUCGGGAAUCAUCAUUCUGUGUGACGCAUUGGCCUUGAGGGAGAUACGACGUCUCGAUCAUUGCGAAUUCGUUUUCGAGAUAGCACCCAACAUCGCGGUUGAAACAUUGGUCACGUAUCGCUACUAUUCAAAAAAGUGUGGUCGAUCGCACUAG